GUUUCUUCUGCCAGACCCAGUGCAAGCUUGGCUGAUGGCCUCGACGCGGCGGACGACCGGUCCUCUCGUCCCAAGAGGAGAGUGAUGCAGUCCGUCUUGCAGAUGCACGAGAGGUACAAAGCUGGAAGCCGAGGCGGUGAGGAUUUCCCGAAGGAUCCCGAGCAGCGGGCCGAGGCGAUGAAGGCUGCGUGUGGACGCACUAGGCACGAGGAGAUCAAGCUGAACGACAUCCGCAACUGCGUGGAAGAGCUUCAGAAGUAUGCCCAGGCGACCCGAGAAGGCUUCAUCGAGUCCAUUGGAGCGGAGAAGGUCUUCGUGAAAGAAUACAAGAACGCUGCUCAGAAGUUGGCCUACAUGGGAAAUACUGAGCUCUUUUGGAAGGACAUCCAGAAGGAGCACAAGAACGCCUUGACCUUCCUCACUGAUCUCGCAUCCAAAGUGGGUGAGGAUGCCAGAGAUCUUAAGGUCUACAAGAAGCUGGCGAAGAAGGCGAAGGCGACCGCGGGCGAGAGCGACUCAGGAGAAGGCGAAGACGACGAGGACGGGGAGGACGAGGAUGAAGACAGCGACGAAGGUUCAGGGGGCAAAGAGGACGAGGACAAAGAGGACAAGAAAGACGACGAGGGCCACCACCGGCAGCAUGGGCGUGGGUGA